AUGGAGCAGCCACGAUUGCAAGAUGCUCCUGGCAUUGUGGUCCUGCGGCUCCCCGCUCGUGCGAAACCCGGCGAUGCAGAAGUCAGCUCCCUGCGCAAGCAUGGGCUCCAAGCUCCGUGCGACGCAGAAGGCUGGACCACCUUGAGCGAUGGGAGUCGUUUGGGUUUCGUUUGCCUUGCUCCUCCCAGCAGCGCCUCCUCUCCGGCCGAAGCCUUGCUCGAGUGCCGCAGACGGGUCGAGCAGUUUUUGCAGAGCGGAGGUUGGAAAGACUGUGGCUUGCAAAAGUGGCCUCUCCAUCAUCGUGCUCGUCGUACCGAGCUCGUCCUGCAUGCGCUGCGGACCCCAAAGAUAUUGGGUUUGCUGCGCCAUAGCUUUCCACAGAGGCUCGUGUGGCUGCAGACCGCAGGGCGCCUUCCGUUCCUGGAUCAGCUCUAUGCGAUCUUCGGCGAGGCCGUGGCCUGGUCCUUCGCCUGGCACGUCUCUCAAUUGGUGUGCUUGGUGGGCAUCGCGUUGGCGUCCGUCAUUUUCACGGCCAUCAAGUGGAGUGAUGAGACGACGUACCAAAGCUUCAUGCCGACUGCCACCUUCUUCCUCAUCACGUGGUGCAUCCUGACCAUCGAAAGCCAAGAGGCAGUCAUGGCGAAGCUCCAAGAACAUUGGCAGCCGAUGAGAAGCCUCAGGUCCGAAGAAGUCACUAGCGAGGUCAGCAGCGAGCAAUCCUUCCAUGCGAGGACGAGCUCAAAGCGACGGUGGCAGGAGUCCAAGUUCCUGGCGUGCCUGCGACGGAACGUGCGCUUCGAGCUCUGUUGCGGUCCAAUUCUUCUUUUUGAAUGGCUGUUCAUUUGGUGUUUCUUCCUGGGCUUCUUCUGGCUCCAAUUAUGGACCACCUUUGAGUGGGGCGGUUGUCGCGAGUACAAUGAGCGCACCGGCACGCGAGACUGCAUGUCGCCGGAGUUCCUGUACCCUGUGAGCGGCAAGGUCUUGGCUGCGGUGCCCUCCUUCGCGCAGGGCUUUGCCUUUGAAUUGGUCUCGGGGCUCUCGAAGUUGAGCGUGGAUCUCAUCGUCUCUAUGCAGGUGUGGCCCUCCAAUGAAGAGAUGCGUUGCACCGCCGCGAGCUACUAUUUCUUCCUUGAAGUGGUGGGAAAACUGGGCUUUAUUUGCGUCUUGGGCUUCCUCUAUGUGCCAGAUUACGGGGGCGAUGAAAUGGGCUGCACUGGGCGCUUGGAUUUCUGGUUCUUGGGCAAUUGGUCGUUUAGCUGUUUGAAGCUCAACGUGCCGCGCACCUUGCGGUUCCAACUCUUCUUGGCCUCUGUCAAAGGGCCCUUCUUGAUCUCCGGCAUUCUGGGCAUCUUCAAGAAGACGCUCUUGCCGAUUCUUCUUGAGAAGUUGCGGAGCUUGGAGAACCUCUGGUGGCCCCUGGACUACCUGGUCAGGUGUGUCAUUGCAGUGUUGCGGCUGCUGGUUCUUCUGUUGUACUGCGAUUGGCACGCACGAGAUGCUGGUGGAGCCGCCUCCCUCCGUGCACUGCUGCGCCUGGCGGACGAUGCCAACGACGCAGACGCCGAGCGACGGCGAGCGCUGGCGGAGGGGCGCCGGCGGGUCUUCGACCCCUUCGAGGAAUGCAUCGAGUUGCUCUUGCAUUUCCUUUGGGUCUCUUGCUUCUUCGUGGUUUAUCCGCCCCUGGGCGUCACAGAGGCCACAUGA